AUGUCGCUGCACGACCGUAUUUUGGAAGACGCCGAGCGGCAUUUGAGGCAGGUGGAGAGAGAGAUGCAGAGGCAGAUGAGGCACCUGGACCUGCACCUCCAGCAGCUCUGCACGGAGCUGCCCGUGUCCUGCCCGCGCAGCCCGGCCCCCCGGCCCUGCUGCCUGUGCCAACCCGACCCCUGCCCCUGGGAGAGACGGGCCCUCACCGCAAGGCUGGACAUGGAGAGAGAACUGGGCAGCAUGCAAAGAAGACUUAACAGGAUGUGGAACUCUUCCCACGAUCACAAGCUUUUGGGUUUGGUGGAUGUGGAGGGUUUUGUCCCCAAGGAAGUCACUGUAACGGUGAAAGACGGGAAGGUAAAGGUGUUAGCGGAGCACGAGGAGGAGCACACCACCACACGAGGGAAGGUAUAUAACUACAAAAACAUCACGAAGGAAAUCAGCCUGCCGCCGGGGAUACGCGAGGACGAGGUGACGUACUCGCUGGGAUCCAACAACGUCGUGAAGAUUGAAACGGCACACAAAUGCUACCCCUGUCUCCUGAGCCGCUGA